AUGAGCUUCGAGGAGAGCGUCACGUCCUUCUACGUGGCGCUCGCGGAGCAGCAGCUAGAGCAGGUUUGUCAGGCGUUGGGAGAUAUGCGUGUUACAGUUAAAUGCUCUUUGAAUGAGGAUCAAGCGACAGCAGCUGUGCGCGAUGAAAUGAUACGCAGCUGCGAGGUAAAAGCUCAGAGUGUGCAAAGUUUGGCACUAGCAAGACUCCAUGAAUCCUGCACAGACUCUGACGUGGAUGCAGCUUUGAUGUCGUUCUCUCAUUGUGUCAUUUUGGGUGCUGUUGAGGAUGCGGUACCGCGGUUCUCUCGCUACUUGAACAACAUUUUUGCUACACAGGCACGAGUCAGCCUUGACCAUGUAAAAGGCAGUAAACAGGCUGCAAAAGUGAAUGAAAAUGGCUACAUUGAUCGUGCAUUCUACGUGGAAGCUCUAAGCGAGCUUUUGACGGGAGCUUCAGAUAUUAUGAACGCUGUGGCAGAUGUUACAGGUGACGCCCAAGUGCUACGACAAGUACUAGAGCCGAUCCACACGUCGUGUGCGGAGACAGCUUUACAGAUGGUGCAAAUGUAUGCGGACGAUGCACGUAUGGUGGCAUGGGAACGACGAGCGAACUCACAAGUGCAGAGAGAUCCUCGUCAAGUUUUGGAGGAAGAUGAUGUAGAGGCGGACGAGAGUCUACAGAUGAUUGACUUGUUUUUGGAUGAAUUGGCGUUUAUUAUUCGAGUGCUAGUAAGCUAUACAGCGUUUUAUUCGACAAUAUGUGAAGAAUUAAGAUUCGAGAAUGGAAACGGUGGGUUUCAGAUGAAAGUGCAGGAGCUCAGUGGGGUAUACGUGGUGUUGGAAAGGUUCUACGUAUUCCAGUCAGUACAUAAAGCUACAGCGAUUGCCGAGCCGCAGGAACUAAAGCACGGUGUUUAUGUAUCGAGCGUCGUCGAGGAUAUGUCUUUUGUGCUGAAUAAAGCGUUUUAUAGAGCGUCUCAAUGCAUGAAUUACCACACUGCAUUGUCUAUUGUGAUUGCAAUUGUGGAUGCCUUGGAGUCACAAUAUUUACCAGCUAUUCUAACACUUGCUAGCCGACCGUGCGUGAUCCCAUUGAGCCCUGUCAAUGGAGCUUUAGCAAAUUCAAAUAGCCGUGAUGGCACCAGACUCGAUGGCCAGGCCAAUGGUGAAAACGUAGUAUCUUUUUCAGAAUUGCUGCUUCAGGCAGUAGAUAACGAUUUGGAGCGAACAUUACAGGAGGAAGCAAGACUUAUCAUGACCAUUAAUUCAGCAUUUGUGAGUGGUGAGUUUGUUCAAGCAUUGCAGGAAAAAAUUGAAGAGUAUUCGCGGGUGACGUUUCCCAACGAUGCACCCAUUCUUGAGUGUCUGCCGACCCCCGUUCAUGAUAUGACGGAGGCCUUCCACUCCAUUGUGUCCAAUGAAGUACAGGAAGUGCUGUCGCGCUCGCUGCGCAAGCGACUACAGGAAGUGAUUCAGCUCCGGAUGAAUGAACAACUGAAGUAUGUGCUCACAUCAGCUGAAUAUGAUGCUUUUGGUUCGCGUGGAUCACCUUUGUUAAGGCUUGUAGAGGAUGAAAUUAUGAACAAUCAACAACUAUUACGCUAUGAACGUGCUUUUUGCAGUUCUCCUUUCGAAGAUCUGGUCGAAGCGGUCGCAAAGGAUCUCACCUUGUGUUUAGAAAAUGCUUUGCUGACAUCUAAGAAACCUUGUAAUGAAUUGGGUGCACUGCAGUUGGAGCGUGAAGUGACGGAUAUUCUUGCGCGUAUAUCGUCGCUGGUAUCUCAAAAAAGUUUGCGAGCAUCGUUCACACGACUGUUCCAGAUCGUUUUCAUUCUGAAUCUCAUGCAACCUUCACACGUAUUGGAAUGCCGUACCAGUGGACGAGAAGCACUUUCUCUAGAAAUGGUUGUAACACUAUUACAAAUGCGUGUGGAUUUUAACCCACAUGAUGUUGCUCGUGUGAUUGAUCAGCUGACCAAGGUCGAUCGAUAUAAGUAA